AUGGACCGCCGUCCGCCUCCCGGCUAUAGCUUGCCGCCGUACGACGACGAGCUCGAUUCGCCCACCUCGCCCACCCAUGGAGCUGCCGCCGUCAGAUUGUUGACAUCCGUGGAGGAGUCCGUAGACAGAGACAGAGACAGAGACAGACCGUACGUAACACCAUCGUCGCCAGUGGCAACACCAGCAUUCCUAAAUAUGUCGUCCUCGUCCAUAUCCAUAUCGACAGCGUCUUUGCAACCCAAGGACGCAUCGAAACACCAAGGAUCCAACCCCGAGACGUCCACCAUGGCUUUCGACGAGUGUCCAGCAGCCGCAUCGAGCUUGGAGACCAAGCAAGAGCCGGAAAUGCAAGCAGCAACCGCGGCGGAUGAUCCUCCUCCUUCCCCUUCAGUUCACCACCCCCUCCCCUUUCUUGACGUUAAUGUCCCCCCUCCCCUCUACAUCAAACAGGUUCGCAAGAACAACACUGCAAAGUUGCACAGUCCAAAGAGUUCAGUGCUCAAUGACUCCCCAAAUCUCGCCGAGGCUCUGCCAACUAUCCCGGAGGGACCA